AUGGCGGGAAUGAAUGUCCGGCUCGCCUUUGCCAUAGUCUCGUCAGCCUGCUGGUCAGCGUUCCAACAUGGGUACAACACAGGAGUCAUGAACGCGCCACAAGCUAUAAUAUCAGAAUGGCUUCAGAAGGAAGCUUUGACAGGCACGAACACGUCCAUCGUUAAACCAGAAGACGACCCCAAGGUGACGACCGUGAGGGCAGUAGCGGUGUCCAUAUACUGCGUCGGAGGAAUGAUCGGAGGCAUCAUCACGGGGUUCAUUGCUGACAGGUUCGGUCGUAAAGGAGGUCUUCUACUGAACAACGUAUUCGUAUUUGUGGCGGCGCUAUUUGAAGGUACGGCCAAAGUGGCCAACUCUGCAGAACUGCUAAUAGUUGGAAGAUUGUUGAUAGGUGUAAACAAUGGGUUAAAUGCUGGCCUAGCGCCACUGUACCUGUCAGAGAUAUCGCCCGUCUCCCUGAGAGGAUCGAUAGGUACAGUCUACCAGCUGGUGAUUACCAUGACAAUAUUACUGUCACAAGUGCUGGGCCUGGAGUCAGUGUUGGGUACUGCAGAAGGCUGGCCGUGGUUGCUCGCCGUUACAGCAAUUCCCGCGAUCCUGCAGUGCGUCAUGCUGCCAUUCUGUCCAGAGUCACCAAAGUAUUUGCUGCUUGACAAGGGUCAGGAACUGCAUGCGCAGAGAGCUCUUAACUGGUUGAGAGGCGACGUGGCUGUUCAUGGGGAAAUGGAAGAAAUGCAUCAGGAAGCAGAGAAGAACAAAGUGACAAAGAAAGUUAAUCUAAGAGAGUUGCUCGGCAACAGGCAGCUUCGCCAACCGCUGAUAAUUGCCAUGAUGAUGAUGAUUGCGCAGCAGCUGUCCGGCAUCAACGCGGCCAUAUACUUCUCCACUGACGUUUUCCGGAAACAAGCGAAACUGACCACGAGCCAGUCGCAGUACGCCACUUUGGGAAUGGGCGGUAUGAACGUAGUGAUGACGGUGAUCAGCUUGUUCUUGGUGGAAGCGGCCGGCAGGAAAAGUCUCCUGCUCGCAGGGUUCGGUGGAAUGUUCGUGAGCACAGUCGCACUCUGUACCGCCUACGUCUAUGUGCACAUAGCAUGGGUGCCGUACCUCUGCAUCGCCCUGGUGAUACUGUUCGUGGUAAUGUUCGCCGUGGGGCCCGGCUCCAUACCCUGGUUCCUCGUCACCGAGCUGUUCAACCAGACGUCUCGUCCUGCCGCGACGUCGGUGGCGGUGACCGUCAACUGGGCCGCCAACUUCAUCGUGGGACUCAGUUUCUUACCCCUUUACCUACAACUGGGAUCAAACGUAUUUAUAAUAUUCGCGGUCCUCCAGCUCCUGUUCAUAUUGUUCAUUUACUUCAAAGUGCCUGAAACGAAGAACCAGACUGUUGAAGAAAUCACAGCAAUGUUUAGGCAACAGAUGUAG